AGCAAGCUGCAUUUUCUCGGUGUUGACUCGACAACAGAAAGAAAGAAAGCGAGACCGCAGAGUAAUGUUUCACGUAUUAUAUCGGACAACUUUAUUGAGACUCUUACGAAUCACCAAUGCGAUCUCGGUUUAUCAGACUUUUGUUUUAAUGUCGUUGUCUUGGUCUACUUGCCGGUGAAGUUAUAUGGAAAACCCAUUCAAGUCCACAGGCGGAUUUCUGCUCAACAAAGGAUCGUAUUAGGACUAAUAUUAUACUUUUCAACAUGAGUCUGUAUAUUUUAUUGCAGAGUAGCACUAAUAUAAGUGACAUUGUGAGGUCGGAGUAUCGUGGCUGUGUGGACGGAUCUAUGAUGGACGGAUUCAGUGUUUUUAUUCAGGGUUUGUUGGCUGUCCUCGCGUUCAGCACGUUAAUGGUAAAGAGGUUUCGUGAACCUGUUGGAAUAAGAAGACCUUGGAAAAUCUGGUUCUUUGAUACGUCCAAGCAGGCGAUCGGUGCUCUUUUCAUGCAUUUUGCCAAUAUAUUCCUGUCCACGCUCACCAGUGAAGAUCCCUGCUCUCUAUAUUUAUUAAACUUCCUGUUGGAUGCCACAUUGGGGAUGCUGGUGGUCUGGGUGGGCGUGAAGGUGGUUACAAAGCUAGUGGAGUACAGACAGUUAACACUGUUAAAGUUUGGAGAGUAUGGUGACCCUCCUCGUGUUAAGGCCUGGUUAGCCCAGUGCUCAGUGUAUUUACUCAUCAUCGCUGUAGAGAAAAGUGUGGUCACGCUGGUGCUGCUCAUCCCUGGGUGGACCAAUCUGGAGGAGGUGGUGUUAGACUACAUCCCAAACCCACAGCUGGAGUUAGCCAUCGUUAUGCUGAUCGUUCCAUUCAUUGUUAAUUCUAUAAUGUUCUGGGUAGUGGACAGUUUAACAAUGAGGAAGUAUAACAAGAUGACAUCCCUGGAGGGCUCACGUGACUGUCCAAGACAAGUAGAAGUGCCAAGUGUGUGCAGUGAUGAAGCUGAGGUGCUGUUGAAAGGAGAUGAAGAUGAUGCUACAGUGUGUUCUGAAGAGGAAGAGCACAUCCAGACAGAAGGAGCGAUACGAAAGUGUAUGGAUGUUUAAAACUGAAAGUAUGCGAGAGCACUGUGGUGUGACACGCUAUAAUCCAUCUGAAAAUGUAAAAAAUAUUAUUCAAAUUUAUAUGUAAUUACUAUGCAUGUAAUUUGAAGGACCUCAUAUUAAUUGAAAGGCUCAGUCACAUUGCAGAAACUGUUACAACAGCUGGUAUACAAAGGUUAGUUCUGGUCCUUGAUUCUGAUUGGUUGUGCCGUAUAAAAUUCCCCAAAACAUACAUUGGAACGCAUUACAGAAGUAUCACUGCGCCACACUAUGGUGCUGCUUCGCUGUUCCUUGGCAACGGCUUUGUUGUGUCUAUUUCUAAGGAACUACAUUGUUUGGGGAAGCUGUUAUUUUUUAUUAAUACCAUUGCAUUUUAUUAUCUUUAUUUUUAACUUUGUAUAAGAAAAGCAGUAAGCGCUUUGAAGCCUUGCUUUAUAAAGUAAUUUUAUUUCAAUUUAUUCAUUUAGAGUUUUUUUAUACAGAGCACACACAUUAGCUGUUAUAGAAGUACUAUAAACCACUGCUUCUUUGGGCUUAUUGCUUUAAUCGGUUAUUAAAAACUCAACUAGUUACAAUAUAUUAAACAAAACAAAGAGCUAAUGCAUUAAGCAAAAUUCUCUAAUAUUUCACAUAUGCAAGUAAGUUUUAAUGACAAAAUGCUCUUUAGCAAUUUCAGGAUUUACUGAAUAUUAAAAACUGUCAAAAAGAACGCAACAAACUGUUUAUGAUAACUUCUUAAAAACGAAUUUAACACGUAUCAGAGAAUGCCCUUUGUGUGUGACUCAUGGGGCAAUUCGAUUAGGCCGGGACUAGGGUUUAGUUAAAUUAGGGCAUUUAAGUAGUAUGUGCAUUUUGAGAAAAAACAAUUCUCACUUUAAUGUAUGAAAGUCUUUAACACUGAGGGGUGGUUUCCCAGACAGGGUUUGAGUUGUAUUGACACAAUCCCAAGGCAAUAUAUUACUACUUUACAAGGUGGCGAAUUGAAAUAGUAAAUUGUACGAUCUCAUUUGUACGUUUUAGUACGAUUUACCUUCGUGCCAGUGAUGGUUAGGUUUAGGGGCGUGGCUAUAGGGGAGGAAUUUCAGUAUAGCUUUUUUCUAAUAAUCACAUGUUUUGUGUGAUUCACAUUGUACUUAUUCAUAUGAAGCGGCAGCCACUACGUAAAAUAGGUCAAAAUUCCAGUGAGAUCGGAUUGGUUGUAUUCUAGUCAAUGGGUACAUUAACGAAGCUAAAGUAUAAGAGGGCAUUUAUGUAACAUUUUGUGGACACAAUACUCGAACUUUCAUAUGCAUUAUUCUAUAGUAUUAUUUUCAAAUGUGAAAAAUACUUUUCCACCAUUGCCAUCCACCAAAUCUUGUCGUUGCUUCCACUCCGUGCCCUGGGACAGCCGUUACGUAAAUGGUUUCAUUUUCCACGACAGGGCUGACAUCGAAAAUCUUUAGAAUGUUAACACAAAUGCGUCAAUCGCUGCCUUGGUAACACAAGAGACUAUAAUGGACAGUUAGAAGUCUUUAGAAGUUAAUGAAAGCAGAGAAGCACAAAGUGAACAUUUUUCCCGAUGACAGGCAUUUUGACUUUUUAAUUUAAAGACUAAAUAGCUCGAGUCUCUACCUUGCCGUAAACACUCUGUGACCACGUCCACAGCUCUUGACAUGCUGGUACUUUAUUUGUAAUUUUGCAGAACACUUAAGUUUUCUUAUGAACUUAUGACUUAUUUAUAAAUACUCUGAAUCUUGAUCGAUACGCCAAAUGAUCUAGAUGUUUAACUAGACUACUUUUUUAGCGUUUACAAAGUAAUAUGCAUUAUUUCAUGUAAUGUACUUUUUUAUAUAUAUAAAUGUGCAUUUUGAUACAACAUAUCAAAUAAUUUGAUGUACAUUAUGAAUGUAUUGUAUGUGUAUAUAAUCUUGAACUUCAUGACUUUGAGCUGUUGUUUUAUUCUAAUUUCUUAAAAUUACAUUUAGUAUUUACCAUUUUAAGCAUUCUUGCGCAAUUUCUUUGUCUUUGUUUUCAAUAUUUCUUGGAAAAGGUCUUUAUGGCUUAUUGGGUGGUUACAGUAAGUUAUCAAAAUAACAGUGUCAAAGAUAAAAUUCAGUUGUGAAACAAUGUACAUUUUGUAAAAAUGUUUUAUGCAUCCUGAUAAUUCUCCAAUGGUCACAGAAGGUUUUUAUGUACAACUUUUUCAUAUCACUGCAUGUGCAGCAUCAUGUGUUUACGUCAUGGAAUAUACAGUCUAGCAGAAGACUGUAUACUCCAAUUUACAAAAUUUCAUUUCUGAGUAAAUUAUUUUAAAGAAAAAAUAUAUUUUAACAUAUUGUGGAGGAA